UUGUCUUUGUUUUAUUUUUUCUAAUAGCUUUUUACAUCUCUAUUUUCUUACGAUGCCUGUAAUCUGCAGCAGUCAGGUAACCUUCUGUGUUUUCUUCUUCAUCAAUUUUGUGUCACCCUUUGCUCAUUCAAAAUUGGCAAGUCCACUUUCAUUCACCAUAUCUCAAUUCAACAAUGACAACAAAAACAUAAUCUACGAAGGCGACGCAACGCCUUCGCUUGGAAUGGUUGAGCUCAACACAAUGACUCAAUACUUCCGCGCAGGACGGUGUACGUAUGCGCAACCUUUGCAUCUAUGGGACUAUGCUACUGGAUCAAUGGUUGACUUCAGCACCUACUUCACUUUCAUGAUCGACACGCGAAAAACUACGCAAUACAUGAGCGACGGACUUGCCUUUUUCCUUGCUCCUGUUGGCUAUCCAAUCCCUCCUAACGGAGCCGGCGGUGGCCUAGGGUUAUUCAACACCACCACUCAAUAUGGAGUACCCCAAAACCAAAUUGUAAUGGUUGAGUUUGACACGUACUCUAACACGGAAUGGGACCCGCCGGGGCAGCACGUCGGGAUCAAUGUUAACAAAAUCUCCUCAGCUAUUACUCGCAUCUGGGAGUUCGGCAACAAAACUAGGAAGAACACUCAUGUGUCGAUAACUUACAAUGCUGUCACCAAGAACCUUAGUGUGUCCUGGACAUACGACGAGGACCCAAGUUCUGCCUCUUUUGCAAACACUUCCUUUUCUUUUCCUAUCGACUUGAGUGAGGUUCUACCCGAACAGGUCACAAUUGGUUUUUCAGCUGCAACCGGAUUAUAUCCAGAGCGGCACGUUAUAAAUUCAUGGGAAUUCACUUCAAGUAUGCACUAUGGUAGGAGGAUACAAAAUCAAGGGAGGAAGAGGCUAAUAAUUUUUGUAGCAGUUUCCGCCUUCGUUGUGAUGCUUGGCGUGGCAAUGUGUGUUUGGUUGGUGGUACUGAUAAGGAAGAACAGAAACAGUUCCUUCAAUGUCACCACCCCUUUAAAUGUGGAUCUCGAGAGACUAGCCUUCCCGAAGCGAUUUACUUACAAAGAACUAGUUGCGGUCACCAAUGGCUUCGGGAACGAUAGAAGGCUAGGCCAUGGAGGGUCAGGACAAGUUUAUAAAGGGAUGUUACAAGAUCUAGGCUGCACUGUUGCUGUCAAGAGAAUCUUUGCGGAAUCUGAGCACUACGAGAAAGUCUUCAUUAACGAAGUGAAGAUAAUAAGCCGGUUAAUACAUAGAAACCUGGUGCAAUUCAUUGGAUGGUGUCACGAGCAGGGCGAAUGCUUACUUGUUUAUGCAUACAUGCCUAACAGCAGCCUCGACCAACAUUUAUUUGGCUGUAGAGCAACCUUGCAAUGGGACUUUCGGUACAAGAUAGCGUUAGGCUUGGCGUCGGCGCUUAAUUAUCUACACGAAGAUGUAGAGCAGUGUGUCCUUCACAGGGAUAUCAAAUCAGCUAACGUGUUGUUGGACACCGAUUUCAGCAGUAAGCUUGGUGACUUUGGGAUUGCGAAGCUCGUGGAUCCGCGGUUCAGGACUCAGACAACAGGAGUUGUAGGGACAUAUGGAUACAUGGCACCAGAGUACGCAAGCGGAGGGAGGGCUAGUAAAGAAUCAGACAUGUUUAGCUUUGGAGUUGUGGCCUUGGAAAUCGCUUGUGGACGGAGGACUUACCAGGAUGGGGAACUUCAUGUGCCGCUUGUCAGGUGGGUUUGGCAGCUCUACCUAGCCGGAAAUCUUCUCUAUGCAGCAGAUGAGAGGUUGGAUAAGAAGUUUGAUGAAAAAGAAAUGGAAUGCUUGUUAAUGGUGGGAUUAUGGUGCACUAACCCCAGCAAUAAGGGAAGGCCAAAAGCAGGGCAAGUGAUGAAGGUCCUUCUUUUCGAAGCGCCAUUACUGGAACUUCCAUAUGACCGGCGGUGGUACGAUGAUCCAUUGCCUCAAGGCAAUGAUUUAAGUCCUUAA